AUGGCGAUUCUCAGCAGCCCAGCGGAACCUCCGCGCAUGGGCUUAAUGCUCAACAAGCGACUUGUGCGCAUCAUCAUUGGCGUCUUGGUGUUUUUCAUGACUGCUGGGUUUCUGCUUGCGCGUGAUGAUCGGGUAAAGAAGGUGCUGCCGUUCCACCGCGAGCACACAGGACCCGAAACCUACUCCUUCACAUCCACCAGUCGCUUCUCUCCUGUAACAAUCGACAAUCCUGAAGGCACGACCAAAGACGACCUGUGUGCCUCAUUUCCCAAGUACAUGCUGAAUCACGUUCAGCCUGUUCUGAAGAUCGGUCACAGCGAGAAUAAAGAAAGGCUCGAUGCGACAUUCAAAUCCGUUUCAGCAUGCUUCGAAAAGGACGAACUACUUGUCAUUUCGGAUCUGGACGAGGUUGUUCACGGCCACCGGACGGUCGACGUGCUCGCCGAUUUGCCUGCCGGCUACUACGAUCUUCACAAGAAUCCCGAUUUCCGACACUAUAUUGCGCAAAAGGAAAUGCGAGGAAAUGGCACCCUGAACGAAAAGACGCAAAAGACCAUCAAUGGCUGGAUUCUUGACAAAUACAAGUUCUUGCCAAUGGUGGAGCGAGCUUGGCUCGCAAAACCUAACAAAGCCUUCUACUUUUUCUACGAGGCCGAUACCUACGUAUUCUGGGAUAACGCCUUUCGAUUCCUCCAAAACUUCAACCCCGACACCCCCAUCUAUAUGGGUUCACCAUCUCCCGGCCGACAUGACGAAUACAGAGAUAUCAAAACUUGGUUUGCUAAUGGCGGGCCUGGUUUGGUACUUAGCAGAGGUGCAGUGAAAGCACUGCUUCACCGAGAGAGCGAUAUCAAUGGCCAGUAUAUUGACCCUCAUGUCACGGAGAAGUGGCAAGAUCUGGUAGCUGGUGAAUGCUGCGGUGACAGUGUGCUUGGAUGGGCUCUGUGGAACGCAACGGUUCAGCUGCAGGGAUACUGGCCGAUGUUCAAUCCACACCCAUUUCACGGCAUCCCCUUUAGCGAUUUAUACUGGUGUCAGCCCGUGAUGACACUGCAUAAGACGACACCUUUAGACAUGGUGGACUUGUGGCACUGGGAGUUUGGGCAACGGAAUUUGCAUCGUCCCAUGUUGUACUCGGACGUGUGGCGCCUUCGACAUCCAGGCGAGCCUGGCACUCUUGAAAACUGGGAUAAUGGAGAUUGGGACAGUUGGCAACCACCUGCCGAAGCACCCGUCAAUACAUUCGAGACUUGCGAGCAAUACUGCCGAAAAGAGGACAAAUGCGUACAAUGGAACUGGCGAGGAGGCGACGAGAAGAAGUGCAUACUCAUGAAAUCGUUGAGAUAUGGAGCGGCGCGAAGUCCCGAGUACCUCAAUGACGGAAAGGAGAGAACAACGAUACCACAAGACGAGCUGGAUAAAAAGCCCAAGGGGAAAUGGGUAGAGUAUAGAAGCGGGUGGGUCGAAGACCGCGUCAAAAGUUGGAGAGACGAGAGAAAGUGUGAGCACGUACAUUGGGUUGGACCCAGUGUCGACCGGAUAUACUAA